AUGACCACUACGGCCAUAAGCGCAAAGCUCUCAGAGCUUGAAAACGUCAUUCGUGCCGCUGGAGAUAGUGAGGUUGGCGACUACUUAAGCAACAUAAGACAAUCACCCAACCAACUCUCAUCCCUGCGUCGAGCUUUGCUUAAGAGGCCUAAACGUGAUGAGACAUAUUCUAAACGCCAUUCAUGGUGCUCACAAUUUAGAUCUCAAAGUGGAAAAUGGCUAUCUAAGAAGCAGGUAGACGACCUUUCUGCUUACGCAGUAGUCUGGAGUGUUGACCCUCAAGACUUUUGUGAAGGAGUUGCGCUUGACUCGAGCAUCAUCCGGCGCUGCUACAAUGAUCUGAUAAGAAUUCGUGAUGAUAGCAGUGGUCGUAUUGUUUUACUUAUUGUCAUGUCAGAGAAGGUUGAGGAAGCACAACAAUAUAUCCACGCUAAAAAGAGUAUCAGAAAUAGAUCACGAACAAAGAAGUCGGCCGAAGAUAUUUCCCUUCGGAAUACCGAGAUCCUAACCUCUUCUUUACGCGAUCUCACGAAACAGCUUUGGGGGGACCUUGAAGAAGAGGAGGAAAAACAACAAAAGAGGAACAACAUUUCGCUAUUCUCACGCACACACAAACAAGCAUGGGUUUCAAUUAAAGCAUACUACUUUCAAAGGCAAUGGCUUCGCCAGUAUAGUCCGUCACCAACAGCAAGUGGUCUCGGGGCGCAGCCUGGUCGCAGCCUUGAAACAGACCUGGAUCUUGACUCAUUCUCUACCUUCCUCCAACACGGCGAUGUUCCAUUGACGUCACAAGCAAAUAUCUUUGCUACUACACUAGACCCGGAUCUUGACUCAUUCUCCACCUUCCCUCAAUACGCCGCGACAUCGGGAAUAUUGACGCCACAGACAGAUGCCUUUCCCGCCGCACCGAAUCUGAAUCUUGACUCAUUUUCCGACUUUCCCCAGUACGGCGUUGUCCCAGCGACAUCAGGAAUAUUGACGCCACAUCUUGACUCGUUUUCCGACUUUCCCCAGUACGGCGUUGUUCCAGCGACAUCAGGAACAUCAAUGCAACAGACGGAUGCCUUUUCCGCCGUACCGACUCUGAAUCUUGACUCAUUCUCCGCCUUCCCCCGAUACGGCAGUGUUCCGACAACGCCACAGGCAAAUACCUUUCCUGCCGCGCUGAACUUAGAUCUUGACUCAUCCUCCGCCUUCACCAAUUUACCGCAUAUCCCUCCUAUCGCAAACGAAUCCUUUUACCAGACCUAA